CAGGGCUGUUGCGCCUAGGAGGGGCUUCUCGCCGCUAGUGUGGCUAGUGUGUAGCCAUUCGCGUGUGGAGAGAGUGGGAGCCGUCCAUAAACAAGAAAAAGAGAAUAGCGCUCACACCUGUCAGAGGUGCACGCCUGUGAUUUACGGCUGGCUCUGGAGCCGUCGCCCCCUCUCUCUUUCUCUCUCAUCUCGGCUGUGACUCCGGAUGGUCCCCGAAGCGACAAGAGAUUGUUGGGAGGCGGCUGGGAUUUUUUUUUGUCAGCGAUCCGAGCGAGUGAGAAACUCUCUCUCUCUCUGCUCCCUGUCUCCGGCGGCGAACGUUCCCCGAGCAUCUUGACGGCUCGCCUCUGCCUCCGAUUCCGCGUCUUCAGCUAUGCCAACCAAACUGCUCGCAGCUUUCUUCCUACUUUCAGUUUUCCAAGCUUGCUCGAGAAAGAUUGACGAAGAUGAGUUUGAAGAUCUCACUGUCAACCAGAAAUGGGUGUUGUCUCCAAAACUGCAAGACCGCAGCAUGACGACGAUUUUAAAUGACUUGCUGAAGGAAUAUGACAAAAAGCUGCGCCCCGAUAUCGGAAGAAAGCCGACCGUUAUAAAUGUUGAUAUCUAUGUCAACAGCAUCGGGCCGGUUUCUUCAAUUAACAUGGAGUAUACGAUCGACAUCUUUUUUGCUCAAACCUGGAUUGACAGUCGCCUACGGUUCAACAGUACGAUGAAACUAAUCACUCUGAACAGCAACAUGGUGGGCCUCAUAUGGGUACCAGACACCAUCUUCAGAAACUCCAAGAUGGCCGACGCUCAUUGGAUCACCACACCGAAUCAGCUACUUAGGAUAUGGAACGAUGGGAAAAUCUUGUAUACCUUGAGGCUUACAAUAAUCGCAGAGUGCCAAUUACAGCUGCACAACUUUCCAAUGGAUGAACAUUCUUGCCCUCUCAUCUUCUCGAGCUGUGAGUAUUAUUUAUAUCAUUGAAUUAGACAUAAAUGUAAACACUGAUUCAGUUAUUUUUGUUACUGACACAAGGAUUGUUGCUUCUUAUACCCUGUGGAACAGCCAGAAUAAUAGUCAAUUGAAAGACUCCAGUCUUGUUAUAGUCAUAGAGUGAUACAGGGUGGAAGCAGGACCUUCGGCCCAACUUGCCCACAGCGACCAACAUGUCCCAGCCACACUAGUCUCACCUGCCUGCAUUUGGCCCAUAUCCCUCCAAACCUGACCAAUCCAUGUACCUGUCCCAGUUUCUUAAAUGAUGGGA